AAUUCUCUUCUUUUUGGUAUAGUUCCUGUAUACGGGAGUUCUCUCCCUUGUGAUUAAUACAUUACCUUAUAACAAAAAAGGGUUAGAGAUGAGAUGGUUUCUUAUAAAAUUGUCAGCUAAAGAUUUGCUCACUUGUACAAUUCAUCUUUUAGUUUAAAUUAUACUGGAAGCAUGGAAGCAAGUAGAUACAGAGGAAACUUUCAUGAAACCAGUAACUCCAUGACAGCGAACCUUAUCUUUUAUCUCUGAUUUUGAACUGUUAAAAGUCAUGAAGAAUAUAAAUUUUUAAUUUGUUGUUGAUGCUUAAGAGAAUUGUACAAAUUUGUUAUUAGUAAAGUAAGAAGCUACUGUAAGAAGCUAUUGUCAAAAGACAUGAUUAUACACAUCACCCAUACGACAACCUAGAUGCAUCAGCUCUGUGGCAAAAAGAAGAGAAGAAUUUUGUUUGCUUACUAUAAGUUACUGAAGUUUGGUACCCCUUCCCAAUUGCAUCCGUUAGUGUAUUAGGUAGCAACUCAUGGGGGCAAAAGAAGAAACAGUUGCCAAGCCAACAUAAACAACUAACAUUGAACCUGGAUCAGCUGCUUCUCAUUGUGUGAGUGACCUAUGAGAAAUCUAACACUAUUGCAAAACCCUGAUAGGUGAAACAAAGCACAGAAGUGAGUUCAGUUUCUCCUAUUAAAUAGACAAAAGCGAGUUCGGUUCUUCUGUUAAAUAGACAAAAGUCAGUUCAGUUUCUGCUAACAAAAUUACAAAUUAUAGAAAAAUCUGUCAGAAAAUACAAAUACUUUUGACACAUAGGGCAAAGAAUAGUUUCACAAAGUCAAGCAGAUGAUUUCUCAAAUUUACCCCUGUUCGUCCCACUCAAGUAAAAUAAUCACAUUAAACUCCACAUAUCGAAUUCGAAUCUCUUUGGCUCACUGUCCUCCUAGCCCUCACACUACAAGAAUAUCUCCUUAAGUCUCUUCUUCCUUCACUCUUGAUUCUCCUGUAUGUAUAUCUUUCGCUUAUCAUUUUCACUUGUAAACGAAAGAACCUUUUUUUUUUUUUUGGGUUUUGAAUUUGCCUAAACUGUGGGUUUUCUUUUCCUAAUUUUUAACUGUUUUUGGUCUGGGAUUUUGGAUAAUGCAAGAUAUUAAGAAGAUUUCUGAUAUUGCUCAAAGUUGCUUGACGACCUUGAUCGCCAAAGAUUCUCAGGGUGCUUAACAAUUUGGAGUUCUUUUUCAGGCUUACCUUGAGAAAUGGACAACAAUCUUUCUGGAGAAGACAAUGACAACAUUGACUGGGAUACCGAAGAUGAACUAGAAAUACAGGAAAUACAGGACACAACAUUUUCCUCAUGCAUGGAUUUAAGAACUACUGGACAACAUACUGUUAGAUGUGAUGGGGAGGCAAGCUCAUCAUCAGUACCCUGUCAGUCCAAGUUCAUUCAGCAGUUUGUAGUGAUGGGAUUUCCUGAAGCAUCUAUUGCAAAAGCAAUAGAGCAAAAUGGAGAAAAUUCAGAUUUGGUGUUGGAUGCUCUUCUGACAUUCAAGGCCCUUGAAGACUCUCCUGAAGAACAACCCAGUGCUAGCCCUCAACCCUGCAUUAAUUCUGACGAUAGCUCUUCUGAAUACAACGAGAACUUUCUGGAUGAUGUGUAUGAGGAAGAUAGUUGGUCCUCCGACUCAGACAGCUGUAGAAAUUCUGCUAAACAAUGCUAUGUGAAAGUUGAGAGCAGUUCUUCAUCUGAAAAAGAGCAGACUUUAUCGUUCCUGGCAAGUAUGGGAUACCCCGCGGAAGAGGCUUCCAUAGCAAUGGAGAGAUGUGGUCCAGAUGCAUCGGUUGCUGAAUUGACAGAUUUCAUAUGUGCUGCUCAAAUGGCAAGAGCAGAAGAUGUCUAUCUGCCAGAAGAUGUAAAGCCAAAACUGAACCAUAUAUUGAAUGGUAGUGGUGGAUACAAGAAAAGAAAGAUGUACAAUGAAUUGUGCAAAAGAAAAAAGGCAAAGGCGAUUUUUGAGGAAGAGACAAUUCGUUUGCCCAAACCUAUGAUUGGAUUUGGGGUUCCUACCGAACUAGUUCCAGCAAUGGUUCAAAGAACUCUUCCCGAGCAAGCUGUUGGACCCCCGUUUUUCUACUAUGAAAAUGUUGCUCUAGCUCCAAAGGGUGUGUGGGACACAAUUUCUAGAUUUUUGUACGAUAUUGAGCCCGAGUUUGUCGACUCCAAAUAUUUUUGUGCUGCUGCAAGAAAAAGGGGUUAUAUUCAUAAUUUGCCGAUUGAAAAUAGAUUUCCUUUGUUUCCACUUGCCCCACGUACCAUUCAUGAGGCACUUCCCCUGUCAAAGAAAUGGUGGCCAUCUUGGGAUCCACGGACAAAGUUAAAUUGUUUGCAAACAGCCAUUGGAAGUGCACAAUUGACGAAUAGGAUUAGGAAAGCCGUGGAGGACUUUGAUGGUGAGCCACCAAUGAGAGUUCAGAAGUUUGUUCUUGAUCAAUGUCGGAAGUGGAAUUUGGUGUGGGUUGGGAGAAACAAAGUUGCUCCUUUGGAGCCUGAUGAAGUUGAAAUGCUAUUGGGAUUUCCAAAGAACCAUACCAGGGGAGGUGGUAUAAGUAGGACCGAUAGAUACAAGUCGCUUGGUAAUUCGUUCCAGGUUGACACUGUGGCGUACCAUUUGUCGGUAUUGAAAAACUUGUUUCCCGAUGGUAUCAACGUCUUAUCACUCUUCUCUGGAAUUGGCGGUGGUGAAGUUGCUCUUUAUCGUCUCGGUAUUCCACUAAACACAGUGGUUUCUGUGGAAAAAUCUGAAGUCAACAGGGAUAUUGUGAGAAGCUGGUGGGAGCAAACUAAUCAGAAAGGGAAUCUUAUACAUUUUAACGAUGUGCAGCAGCUGAAUGGAGACCGCUUGGAGCAACUGAUAGAGUCAUUUGGAGGAUUUGAUUUGGUAAUUGGUGGAAGCCCGUGCAAUAACCUUGCAGGCAGUAACAGAGUGAGCAGGGAUGGGCUUGAAGGCAAAGAGUCUUCCCUAUUUUAUGACUAUGUUCGGAUAUUGGACUUGGUCAAGUCCAUAAUGUCCAGACAUAGACAUUAGUAGACAAGUAGUAGGUUAUAUCAUCCCAACUGCCGUUACUUAUGCUAGACUAACAAGUUCAAAGCAGGCGUAAAUGUAAAUCCAACUAUUGUAGUUGACAGCAGUAAUAGGAGGCAUUUGAUUAAACAAUUGAAUUCAUCAUCCAACUGUGCGUUGCUUUAAGAAGGUGGAGCAAAUGAACAAAGGAUAGAGAAAAGCAGUGAGACCUUACUUAAGACUUAAGAGUACCGAUUGAUUGUUGCUGAAACUUAAAAUCUCUUAGAAAUCUUUUAUUUUCAAACAUUUUCAAACUUAUGUAUGCUAAUUUUUGAAUUGAACAAUAUUAUACAUUUUGACUCUUUGGAUAUUACCUUGGAUAUGUUGGGAUUAUUGGAAUAUGAUUCUGGUUAACUUCCUCAA